AUCCAGAAAUACCCAUGGCUGCUGUCAGUGCCAGAGGUCCCUCAUCCAGAGAGAACAACCAAGGGUGGAAGAUGCAGCCAGAAGACUUCCAAAGAAAUUAUUCACCUAGACAAAAUGGAAGGGUGUACCUGCUGUAUGAAAUCAGGUGGAGAAGCAGUUCCAUCUGGAGGAACUGGUGCUCAAACAAUCCUGAACAACAUGCUGAAGUCAACUUCCUGGAAAAUCAUUUCAAUAACCAGCCACAAACUCCUUGCUGCAUCACCUGGUUCCUUUCAGCUAGUCCCUGUGGAAACUGCUGCAGAAGGAUUCUGAAGUUCCUGAGGUCACACCCUAACGUGACCUUGGUAAUUUGUGCAGCCAAGCUGUUCAGGCACCUCGAUAUCCGGAACCGACGAGGCCUCCGCAGCCUGAUGAUGAAUGGAGUCGCUAUACGUAUCAUGAAUCUUGAAGAUUACAGGUACUGCUGGAGAAAUUUUGUUGCACACCAACCUGGACAAGAUGAUUAUUGGCCCCAGAACGUCACUUUAUACUUCAUUUUGAAUAGCAUAGAACUCUUACAUAUCUUUUUGGAUCUUCCUCCAUUUCUGGCAAACUGAAUGCUAACAAGCCUCACCACCAUGCUUUCAAGCUCAGUUUGUGCAUCAAUACAGGACCAGAAAAGCCAGUUGCUGGCAGUCUUUUCUUCUGCAGCCUUGCUAACUUUCUUGCUGCCACCAGAGAAGACUCUUAUCACUGUCUGGGCAUUGCUAAGCAUUGAACGGAACAGAAGGAGCGCAUGAGAAGCCAUCAGGAAGUGGGGAUGGACACCAUGCCCCACAAUCAGGCCUUCCACGUCUGCAGAUUCUGCAAUCAGAUUCUGCAAGGGUCCUCUUGAGAGGCCAGCAUGUAAUAUAUUUCAUGCUCUGAUCUGUUCCAAAAAAGUAAUCAGCCGUGCGUUCUUGCUUUCAGAAUUUCUUAUAAAGAUCUCUUUUAUAGCUACGUGUGUAUGCUUCAGAAUAUAUUUCAUACUAUUAGAGUAUUUAUGCAAUACUGUUGUAAUACUUC